AUGAGCAAUACACCAUUAGAUUUAUUAAAAUUGAACUUAGACGAACGAGUAUAUGUAAAAUUACGCGGAGCACGUUCCAUUAUGGGAACAUUACAAGCAUUUGAUUCACAUUGUAAUAUAGUGUUAAGUGAUUGUAUAGAGACAAAAUAUUUAUUAGUUGAUGGAAUAUUACAAAAUGAAGAACGUGAAUCCGAAAUGUUAUUUAUACGUGGGGAUUCUGUAACAUUAAUAACAACUCCCGAAGAAGAGUAA